AUGACGCAAGACCCCGCCAGCCUCGACGACCGUCCAACAUCUCCAAGCAUACCCCUCGCUCUACACAACUACAUUCCUUCCCCGAUCCAGCCAAGCUCCAAAACCUCCGAGCGCCUGCACCAGCAAUGCAUCGACCUCCUCGUCGGAGUCGACGAGCUACAGAGCCUUCUCAAGUCCACCCUGCGCAAUCCGCAGCUCGUGGAGGUGCGCCAGUUCCGGUCCAACGUGACCUCAGAGCUGAAGAUGCUGCAGAAAUUGGAGCAGCGCUUUCAGAGUAACGCUAGCACCGGUACCGGCACCGGCACCAGCACCAGCGAAACAAAGGCUCAGAGCCAGAGUCAUAGCCAGGAUAACGAUAGCGACGAGGACGAGAAUGCCGCACAAGAGGAUGAUUCGGUUGAAAUGCGACUGAUGCAUGCGCUGCGGUCGUCGAAUUUACCAUUCUACCAAGCUGUGUGGGAUAUUGCGAGGGGUUCGUGCUACGGGCUUCUUGCGCUUGGGAAGCGAUUCUAUUGGGAUGGACACGCGAAGGGCUUUGAGAAAGAGAAGAGUGCGCCAAAGACUGCUGGGAAAAAGGGUGGCGGGGAGAAACAACCUAACAAGGAUAAACGCAAAAGUGUCUUUGUGGAUAUUGUGGCAGACGAUGGGGAGGAAUGGGUGAAAGUUUCGACCAUGUCGGAAAGUAGAUUACUGUUCGAGAUGGCUAAGAAAGGGUGGGAGCGGGACUCGGAGGACGAGUGUAUGUCCGAUGAGGGGAGUGAUGGGCCUCGACGACGGACGGUGCUACGGAACUUUGAUGGUUCGGACUACGAGGAGGACGAUGAUGAGGACGAGCUGGAGCUCAUCAAGUUGGCCCGGGAUCUGAGAAAAGCCGCUGAUGCUACACGGUUGCGGUAUACACACCCACGACUACGAGUGGUACUGCCUAAAAUCAGGGAAGGAAAUGUUCCUGAAAUUGAUGGUAUUCUCCGCGAGAUGCGCAGCUAUGGCGUGAAGGUCGAAUGCCAGGAGACACUAGCCAGAGCUGCAGAUUCCAAAAAGCCCGAGCUGAAAUGCCUGCUACCUCGGCCUUUUAAGCGCUUCACUCCCAUCUUGAAUGUGGAUUGCACCCUCCUACUCGCCCUAGUGUCUGACCUGUCCCAUGCCAAGGAGAUCGUUCCAUCGCCCAGCUUUCAUAGAGCUAUUCUUCGGCAGAUUGAGAUUGAGAAGCAGCAGCCACUGCUCCAAGCUGAGCUCUGGCCCGCCAUGGGUGAUCAUGAGCUGGUGUGUACAGACGAGGCGGCAACUCGCAUGCGGGAAAUUGUGCAACUCAUAGGCACUGAUACCGAGAAAGAAAGGACGAAGAUUAUGAUGGGUGAUCCUCCAUACGAUCAAAUGGACCGACAAUCUGCCCUUCAAAAGUUCCAGGAGUUGUCGGACUGGCAGGUGCCAGCACACUGGAAAAUACCCAUCAAGGUCGUCGACGCGCAACCAGCUAUCACCACGGCAAAAUCGGAGGGAAAACUGCCUGCAGUGGCCGAUCGAGUUGCCGAAGGGUUAUCAGAUAUCAACCACAGCGUAUUCAUGUAUGGAUGGGUGACGGGAAUGACGACCAUUUCCAGCAAUCGCACAAUUGAUAAGCAGAUCGAAACGACAAUCGAGAACAACCGAGGCACUGAUGAAGACCUCGAGGGGCCCAUGGUCUGGAUCUGUGACACAGCCCGAAGUUUGGCAGGCAAAGAAAAAGACCGCAAAGCAUAA